GCCUGGUGAUGCGGGACCCGCUGACAAAGAGAUCCAGGGGCUUCGGGUUCGUCACGUUCAUGGACCAGGCUGGCGUCGACAAGGUCCUGGCCCAAUCCAGACAUGAACUGGACUCCAAGACGAUUGACCCGAAGGUAGCGUUCCCCCGCCGAGCACAGCCCAAGAUGGUGACCCGAACGAAGAAGAUAUUUGUGGGUGGUCUGUCCGUGAACACUACUGUGGAGGAUGUGAAACAAUAUUUCGAGCAGUUUGGGAAGGUGGACGACGCGAUGCUGAUGUUCGACAAGACAACCAACCGACACCGAGGUUUUGGGUUUGUCACAUUUGAAAGUGAAGACAUUGUGGAAAAAGUGUGUGAAAUCCACUUCCAUGAGAUCAACAACAAAAUGGUGGAGUGUAAAAAAGCCCAGCCGAAGGAGGUGAUGUCCCCAACGGGCUCGGCGCGAGGGCGGUCCCGAGUCAUGCCUUACGGGAUGGAUGCCUUCAUGCUCGGGAUCGGCAUGCUGGGUUAUCCAGGCUUCCAGGCUGCCACCUACGCGAGUCGAAGUUACACUGGCAUUGCACCUGGCUACACUUACCAGUUCCCUGAGUUCCGUGUAGAGCGGACCCCUCUCCCGAGUGCCCCCGUCCUCCCUGAGCUCACAGCAAUCCCCCUCACUGCGUAUGGACCAAGGGCGGCAGCAGCGGCUGCGGCAGCCGUGGUGCGAGGGACAGGUUCCACCCCCAGUCGCACCGGUGGAUUUCUGGGCACCACCAGCCCCGGGCCGAUGGCAGAGCUUUAUGGAGCCGCCAACCAGGACUCGGGGGUCAGCAGUUACAUCAGCGCUGCCAGCCCAGCCCCGAGCACCGGCUUCGGCCACAGCCUAGGGGGUCCCUUGAUUGCAACAGCUUUUACCAAUGGGUAUCACUGAAGCUGGGGACCAAGGAGGCAGGAGAUUCCCCAGUGACCUAACCGAGGACAGCGGCUGGAGGAUCUGGUGAGCCGCGGGGGAUGAGCCAAGGUUACCUUUUUCUUGAAUCAAACUGCACACUGCCGGCUGGCUGCCAGGCUCCUGCCGCCCUGCCCCGAUCUCUCCCUUUGACCAGACCACACUGGACUGAACCCGAGGAGAUCAUCUCGCUUUCUUACUAACCACCGACGGUUUACGCUUCCCCCCUCCCUGCCCCCAGCCCACCGAUUCUUCUUUUAUUUAUUUUAUUAGCUGUUAGUUUUAUUUUUUUAUUUUAUUUUUUUAUCUUUUUUUGGGGGGGCUACCCCUUCUUUUUGUUGUUUGCUCUUUCCCGAGCUAGUAGACAUAUUUUAUGAAUUGGCUUUGUGAUUGUGUUAGGUAGUUUUUAUUGAGGAGUAUUUUUAUUUGGCUUUGAAACUGUUUUGAAUAUUUUCAACUCUGUUGUUGUUGUCGUCAGUGUUU